AUGAACGUCACCAUCUCCGUCCCUCCGGGAACCGUUAACCACGGUGACCCAAGACUCAUCUGCACACCUCCGAUCUGGACCGACUUUGUCAUGUUCUACGCAACAAACUACUUUGUCCACGCCCUCACUCUUCCCAGCCGGCCUGGCGAGUCGGUCCUCGAGACCUGCUUCACUGUUAUCACAGCUCUUUUCCUUCCAAGCACAGGCUCCCUGCGAGCCGCCCGCUGGCUUCUCGCCCACGCCGGGACCGUCAGACGCGACGAACUCAGCCGAGCCAUGAGGGCCGGCGCGCUAUGCAUGGUCGUCGACGAGACUGAGAGGUCCAAGGUAUCUUGGAUCGAGGCGUCCUUGAGGAGGAUGAACUUUCAGAGGCCGAGAAGCUGGUCAGUGUGGAUUGAUACGCGCAAAGCAUAA